GGCUGCAGCCAUGGGGCGUCGGUGCUGUGUCCACUCUGCCUUCCUCCCUGAAAGGGUGCCCCUUCCCACCUGCCUUCCUCACAGCCCCUCCACCUCCCACCCCCAUCCUCCACUGUCCUGCCCCCACACCCGUGAUUCCUCUGAAAGCAUUUACUUUUUAUUUAUUUUUUUGGCUGCACUGGAGAUCUGUGGGAUCCUAGUUCCCCAACCAGGGGCUGACCCCAGGCCCUCGGCAGUAAAAGCGCGGAGUCCCAACCUCUGGGCCACAGGGGAAUUCCCAAACUCUACCUUUUGUCACGUCUACUUUUUCACCCACUGUCCAGCGGGUUGGCCCAUGCUUCACCCUAUAUUUCUGAGGAGGAACGCUUCCCAAAAUUCGUGAGCCAGUUCGAGUGCCUCCAGCCUGGGGGCACAGCCACUCAUACGCCACCCACAAAUGAGCAUGACCCCCCUGCACACUGACACACACACAUAGCAAAUACCUGUGUGGCUCUCACAUGGAUGCUCACACACACACAGAAACACACAUGUGUGCACACACAGACGCAGCAGGCCACACCCCACCCCCAGGCUGCAGGGAAGUGAAACCCUGCCCCAGGGAAGUGAAAGACUGUGAGCCCCGGCUUCCAAUGGGCCUUUGUGGGAACAGAACCCGCAGUCACUUGUCUCUGGAGCUGUCCCGAGGCAUCCUAGCAUCAAUGUGGGGGCGGCUGGCCCUGCCCUCCCUGCUGCUGGCCCUGGUCGUGUCUUCUUUCUGCCCGGCCACGUCCAGGUCCGGAGAUGAAACACGAAACCAGCUGUUGACGAUAGAGAAGAUGAUGCGGGUUGGGGGGCAGUUGGUGCUGACGCAGGAGGAGGAGCUGGCCAACCAGAGGCUCAGGGCCCUCAAGGAGGCUGAGAUGCAUGAGGCCCUGAGUACGGGGAACAUCCUGCCCAGCAUGCACUUCUUCCAAGCCAAGAGCCUCAUUGAGAAAAGCGAGGUGUUUAACAUCCUGAAGAAGAUGCCUAAAGGGGCUGCCCUUCACGUCCACGACUUCAGCAUCACCAGCCCGGACUGGCUGGUGAAAAAUGCCACGUACAGGCCCCACUGCUAUUUUUGCUUCACCCGGAGGGGGACCCCGCAGUUCAGAUUUGCUCAUCCGACUACCCCCACCCCGAAGCCAGCAGAAUGUCCCCAGUGGGUUUUGCUGGAGAAGUUUCGGAAGGGGCUGCGCAACGUCUCGGAGUUUGACAACAGCCUCCUGAGAAAUCUCACUCUGAUGACCGAGAACCCUCACGUGACUUACGCAGACCAGGAUGCGAUCUGGGCCAAGUUCAAGACCAUCUUCUUCGUGCUGGGGGGCCUGGUGAGCUACGCACCGGUGUUCCGGGACUACCUAUCCCAGGGCCUGGAGGAGUUCUACCAGGACAACGUGCUCCACCUGGAGAUCAGAGCCUCGCUGCACCCGGUGUAUGAACUGGAUGGGACGGUCUACAGUCAAGAGUGGUUGGUGAGGACUUACGAAGAAGUGGCUCAUAAUUUUGCAAAAACGCAUCCUGGGUUUAUUGGAAUUAAACUCAUUUUUUCAGAUCACAGAACCAAAAAUGAGUCCCUCAUCAAGAAAUCCAUCCAGACAGCCAUGGAUCUUCGAGUCAAGUUCCCUGGGAUAGUGGCAGGGUUUGACCUGGUGGGGCGCGAGGACACGGGCCACACCCUGUACGACUACAGGGAGGCUUUGAUGAUUCCAGCCUCGCGGGGCGUUCACCUGCCUUACUUCUUCCACGCGGGAGAGACUGAUUUGGAGGGAACUUCCAUAGACAGAAAUCUUCUGGAUGCUGUGAUACUGAACUCGACCCGGAUCGGCCAUGGGUUUGCUUUGAGCAAGCACCCAGCGGUCUUGGCUGAAGCCUGGAAGAAGAACAUCCCCAUCGAAGUCUGUCCCAUCUCUAACCAGGUCCUGAAGCUGGUGUCCGACCUGAGAAACCACCCCGCCGCCGUCAUGAUGGCCACCGGGUACCCCAUGGUGAUCAGCUCAGACGACCCCGCAGCCUUUGGGGCCAGAGGCCUGUCCUACGAUUUCUACGAGGCCUUCAUGGGCAUCGGCGGGAUGUCGGCUGACCUGAGGACGCUCAAACAGCUGGCUAUCAACUCCAUCAGGUACAGUGCCCUGUCGGAGACCAAGAAGAAGUCUGCCAUGGAGACCUGGGAAGAGAGGUGGCAGAAGUUUGUAGCUGGGCUGGCCAGGGGCCCCAGGUGAGGGGACGGCGUCUGUCACCCUCCACCUCUGCUUCCCUCCUCCCAGUGGUCCAGAAUCCAGGGAAGUCACCUCUGUUUGUCCAUCAGGCCGCUGUGAUUCUGGCCUGACUCACAUGAGCCCCUAACUCAUCUCCGUCUUCUCUUUGCCCUCUCCAGCUCAUUUUCCCCAGAGCAGUGACUGUUUCAAGUUAAAUUAAACCAGGGUACUCCACUGUGACAAUUCAGAGCACUUAGAACUUGCCCCCCCCACCCACCAAGCCCCCACCAGGCUCCCAGCAUGAACAGGGGUCCCUCCCAUGUCAUCCCACCCCAGGCGCCCAAGCACACUGGCCUCUGGCCUUGGGCCCCUCCUAGCUCUCUCUGCCGGGAAUGCUGUUUCUUCCCACUUCCAUCUGCUGCCUCCUGCCACCCUCAGGCUAGUCUCAGAAAGACUUGUCCCUUGGGGCACCUUGCUCGCUCCCUCCUGACUUCACCCGGUGUGUCAUUAUGGAUUUAUUUCUGCGCGGCCUCCCUCCCCCAGAUCUUCAGCUGCACAGGCACUCGUGGCCAGUUCACGUCCACUGCGAGCCAGGAGCCUAGACUGCCCCUUGCCCGGUCGGCCCUCAAUAAACAUUGUGUUGCAAGAAUGCCUGUGCCCUGUUGUGCUGAGCAGGGUCAGAUCCGUCUCCCAGCCCGGCCCUUGGGAGAAAGAGGGCAAGGAGCCAGCCUGUCUUUGCUGGGCCCUGGGUAUGAAGGAGAACCAAUGGGCCCAGCGAUGUGAGUCUUCUUCUUAUACCCUGUCCCCUGCAUGGAGCCUGCAGGACCUCCCCCUGGGCUCGGGCUCCUGAUGCUGGACAGCUUGUGGACUGGGGUCCUCAACCACAGGCUGGUUCCCAGAGGGAGUCAGAUAUUCUCGAAAACCUUUUGAUUCACAGCCUUCACCAGUCCCACGGUGGGGCAUACAGGUCCCAGUUCAGCUGACUUCGAUUCAGUGAAUGGUGACAACAGAACACAGCAGAAUGGGCUUCGGUAGCACGUUGCCAUGGUCACGGGGGUCUCCUAGGAGUGUAGGGUCUCUGAUUUGGGAAAACAAACCAGCUGUGGUACCUUCAUUCCUGUUAAACAGGCAGAGUCCAAGCAGAGAACCAGAAACACCAGUAGGGCCAGACCUGAACUCACCAGGUUGCUGCUGGCAGAGAAGGGAAAGCUGGUUUCACACACACCUCCUGGCACUUCCUGAGGGGCUCUGACAUGCUGAUCUUCUAACCUGUGUUAAUUGAAUUCUUAUAAACAAAAUUAAGGUGCACAGUGGGAGGGGGGAUUGCUGUUUCAGGAAAUCUGUAACAGAAGCUCCUGUUCACAAAACACCUUUUUCUGAUUUGAACUCCAGGAGUCUAUAUUUCUUAGACUGAGGUCAAAUUCCUUUUUAAAACUCUUUUAUUAUCAUUUUGGCUACCCUGGUUCGAAUCUCUCUAGGCUGAACACUCUCAGUUUCAAGAGGACAGGGUAGGGACCCUGCCUUCUGAUGGAAGAUGGUCCAGGUCACGUUAGUGGAAGGACACGAAAGAUGACAUAGAAAAUGUCUGAAGAUAAAAACAUCACAUAGUGAUUUUUCUGGUUCUAUCAUUUCUUCUAUAUUUAUUAGCUGCCAUUCUUCUGUAAGAAGAACUUUUUCUCAUUGAUAGAUUGGUUGAUUACCAGUAUGGCUCAUGGAUUCUGGCUAUCAGUGGAUUAUAAUCUAUGACUAUUGUUAUUUAUUUUGAUGCCCAACUUUUGUAGACGUGGCCAUGGGAACUCUGUUAAGCUGGCUCCUGAGACUCUUGGAUAAAUUCCUAUUAUUCUUUGAGCACUUAUUUGCUUUCUGACACAACAAAAUGUUUUAGGUUCAUUUUACACUUUCCAUGUCUGUGGCUGAAGAUCAACCAUUUCUCCAAAGAGCCCUGGUUCUUUUUCAUAGAGAAUAAUAUUUAGAAGCCUUGAUCUGGGCAUUAGAUGUUCCUGUUGCUAGUGAUGUGUGUAAAAAUAAACAGACAUAUAUAAAUACAAUUUAUA